AUGGAGCUAUUUUUGAUCAUCCUGUUAAUAUGCGCCAUUGUAUUUGCGGAACCGGGGAUUUUCUACAAUCCACCGACGGGAGGUCCCAUUCAUGAGUACCGUAAUAAUCCGGUCUACAUCCUGGGGGAGACAGUGCAACUGCGCUGGGAUACUACGUUGGAAACCUUUUCAAUCAUGAUAUGGCAAAAUGAUAAUUUAGACUAUGAAUGGGUGCAAACCAACCUUCACGACGUCACCUCUUAUGACUGGAUUGUGUCAACGAACAGAGACUUGAACAACGGAGAAGUAUUUUUCUUCCAAGUCCGCAAUGCUUCGGAUAUUAAUGACCCGGAUGGAAUCUUUGCCAGUCAUUACUUCAACAUCACCGAAGACGACUCAGCAAGCUUUACCGCAUCAAGCAUUGCAAUUUCAACUACGCAGGCCACGGCAUCUACUCCAAGCUUGCGUCCCUCCUUAACUACAACUCAAGCGGUCGCUACAACCACCACUGCAGGUGAUAACAGCCAGGGAAAUAGCGGACUAUCAGGUGGUACCAAAAUUGGCGUGGGAGUGGGUGUCGGACUCGGGGGUGCUUUUGUCGCGGCUCUCGCGAUAUUUUUGUUCGUCCGACGGAGGUCGAAAAGUUCAACGCAGGUCAAUGAGAGCAUCCCUGUCACAUCUCAAACUCAGCCCGUGAUUUAUUCAAAAUCCUACAACGGUCAGGCUCACAAUGAAGCGCCGAAGAUCUUUGAAGCUCCAGCAAACGAAGCCAGACGGUUUAUCGAACUACCGUGA